AUGCUCUUUGCACUUGAUGAGCUCUGUGCAGGCUCUCGGACCGCAGGCCUCCUGGCUUUUGCCCUGCUUUGCCUGCCCUGGCCUCAGGAGGCCAGCGCCUUCCCAGCCAUGCCCUUGUCCAACCUGUUUGCCAACGCCGUGCUCCGCGCCCAGCACCUGCACCAGCUGGCUACUGACACCUACAAAGAGUUUGAGCGCGCCUACAUCCCGGAGGGGCAGCGCUUCUCCAUCCAGAACGCCCAGGCUGCCUUCUGCUUCUCAGAGACCAUCCCGGCCCCCACGGGCAAAGACGAGGCCCAGCAGAGAUCGGACGUGGAGCUGCUCCGCUUCUCGCAGCUGCUCAUCCAGUCCUGGCUGGUGCCCAUGCAGUUCUUCAGCAGGGCCUUCACCAACACUCUGGUGUUUGGCAUCUCGGACCGCGUCUACGAGAAGUUGAAGGACCUGGAGGAAGGCAUCCAAGUCCUGAUGCGGGAGCUGGAAGACGGCAGCCCCCGGGUUGGGCAGCUCCUCAAGCAAACCUACGACAAGUUUGACACAAACCUGCGUGGCGACGACGCCCUGUUCAAGAAUUAUGGGCUGCUGUCCUGCUUCAAGAAGGACCUGCACAAGGCUGAGACCUACCUGCGGGUGAUGAAGUGUCGCCGCUUCGUGGAAAGCAGCUGCAUCUUUUAG